CAGCGCGCGCGAACAGUUUGAUUUUAUUCUUUCUCGGGUAGUGGAAGGGACUGCGUCAGAGUUGUUCGCUCCUUGUUCAAAAACGUUUCGCAGUAAAAUCUGUCAUUUUCACCAUCACAGUACAUUGGUGAAGACGAAAUACUUGUGCCUUAUAGUUUUACUACACUUGUAAAAGACCCUUCGUGCAAUCAUGUUCGAGGCAAGACUGGUCCAGGGUUCCAUUCUUAAGAAGGUUCUUGAGGCGCUGAAGGACCUGAUCACGGAGGCUUGUUGGGACGUUAGUUCUUCAGGCAUUUCGCUGCAGAGCAUGGAUUCGUCUCACGUCUCCCUGGUACAACUCACCCUCCGCAGCGAUGGAUUCGAUUCAUACCGCUGUGACCGUAACCUCGCUCUGGGUGUCAGUUUGAAUAGCAUGUCAAAGAUGUUGAAGUGUGCAGGUAAUGAAGACAUCAUUACCUUGCGUGCGGAGGACAAUGCAGACACACUGGCUCUUGUGUUCGAGACCCAGAACCAGGAGAAAGUGUCCGACUAUGAGAUGAAGCUGAUGGACCUGGACGUGGAGCAGCUGGGAAUCCCGGAGCAGGAGUACAGCUGCGUGGUGAAGAUGCCCUCGGGGGAGUUUGCGCGGAUCUGCCGGGACCUCUCCCAGAUCGGCGACGCCGUCAUGAUCUCCUGCGCCAAGGACGGGGUCAUGUUCUCCGCCAGCGGGGAGCUGGGCACCGGCAACGUCAAGCUGUCCCAGACCAGCAACGUGGACGAAGAGGACGACGCAGUGACCAUUGAGAUGAACGAGCCUGUGCAGCUCAUCUUCGCUCUCAACUACCUCAAUUUCUUCACCAAGGCCACGCCCCUCUCCAAGACGGUCACCCUCAGCAUGUCUGCAGACAUCCCCCUGGUGGUGGCAUACAAGAUAGCCGAUAUGGGCCACGUCAAAUACUACCUGGCACCCAAGAUCGAUGAAGAAGCCUCAUAAUCGUGGGGUGGUGUGGAGAAUGAGAAGAAAAGAUGGAGAGAUUAGGAGUGUGGUGUGGCACUUCCUUGGGAAAGGGGGGGCGGUGUUUGAAAUUUGAGCUUGACUGUUUGAAGGGUUGGCUGUUAAGAAUGCCACCUCUUUCUGGAUUCUUCUUUUUUUUUAAAUAUAAAAACAUUUCUUGCCUUUAACUGCCAUUUUGUUCCAUUUAAUUGGACAUAAAUUGUGUGGUCUUUGGAAAGUGCUGGUGGCUGCAGUGACUGCGUUCAGCUGUUCCAUAUUGGCGGAGGCAGUGGUGUAGAAUGAAAUGUCUUUAGUGCACCCUGCAGUCAAGGGCUUGAACGUGGCUUACUGCUAAAAUGGCUGGCCGCUUAAGAUACUUUGGUAUGGUUGGUGGGUUGAGGAGUUCAGGGGAGCAUGGUUAUGACUGAAUAGUCGCCACAUCUGGGAAAUGGGUAGUGCUUGUCCAAAAUUAACUUCUAUUCCACCAUCUUUUUUUCCUCACUUCUCACCUCCACCCUUCUGUUCAGUGGGUUAAACCACUUACCCGGGAUUUGUAGAUAUAUUAACUGUAAAUAUUUUGCCACCCAGUUUUGUAUUCUCGAAAUGCAAAGUAAUAAACCAUUUGAAAGUGA